GGGGUCAUUCACCGUCAUUGGUGCAAGGAAUGCCUGUACAGGCAGAGUGAAAGAGGAUGUAACGCGGCUGUCGUACACCCUCCUCCACUGAUAGAGUGAACACUGGGUAAUUCACCGACAAAAUGCCUGUGGUUGAUGGGAUCAGGCGCGCUCCGCACCCCUGCCCACUUUUACCGGAUAAUGGAAGUCCUGCUAAGCAGUCUGGUCAUUCCCCGACGUCAUAUUAUGAGUGUGGCAGGCCUUUAAAAGCGGAGGUGAGAGAAUGUGGAGGUCACUUUCCAGGGAGCAGCGAAGUAGGGAACACGAACACAGGACCAACGUUGAGAUGGGUCGCCUGGUUGUCAUUUGUUGUGCAGUGGUGCUGGUGGCUAUGGCUUACGGAGCUGUGGGCGGCGGAUUUCAGUACAGCGAUGAGCCAACCAGUCAGUCAAUCAGUCAAUCAAUCACUACAGGUGCAUCUGAGACACGGGUUGCCAGAGAUCUGCAAAACAUCGUAUACCACGGGAGACCUGCAACGAACCCCAACACGGCGGCAGUGGGGAACAAAGGAACCAAUAGUCCGCCCGUUGUUAGAGGAAAUCCCAAUCGUUACCCAACGUAUUAUACUGCGUGAGAAACAAGAAUGUGUCGGUGCGGAAUGUCAAGAGUGUGGCAACGGGGAACAGAAUGACGAGAAGGAUUGAUUGAUUGAUACAUUUAUUGUUGAAUUAAUAAAGAAAUACAACAAAGGAGAAGGAUGAAUAAAGGAUAAAAGGUAUACAGUUUGUGGCGCUGUUCUGGUGUGUUACCUACCUCGUUAUCUUUGCCUUACUUCCUGUUGCUUACGUGUGCAUGUUAACACAGCUUCAUAAGGUAGAUAACGUGCCGAAACAGAGAAUGCAUGGUAGAUAACACACCAAAACAGCGCAGAAUUGUUACCUUUAGUAAAUAAGAAGCUGAAAAUAACAAGCAAACAGUGUAUAAGUUUGGCAUAAAAGAAAACUGGAAAUAAAAACAGCAUAAUCAUAAUUUAGAUAAUAAGAUCACAACAAAACCACAAACAACAAAUUGAUUAAUCUUCCACAGAAAAACAUUCCGCCAUUCAAUUGACCUGCUGAAGCGGAACAAUUUUAUUUCCCUAUUGUAUUUCCUUUUAUUUUUCUGGAGUUGUUCUAAAGGCCGGAGGAAAUCUUUGAGGCCUACAGUGUAACAAGCCUAGCCUGGUAUAAUGUACUUAGGGCGUUGGCUGUAUCUCUGCACGGCAAAUAUAGCUACGUACGUGUAAACAAGUGCAGGGAAAGAUCUACAGCAUUGUUCCUGUAUCUUCAACUGAAAACCCUUCAAUAAAUCAUGUAAUGGUA